AUGCCAGAUCUUCGGGCUUCUCGGAGUUCUGGAGCUGGAAACAUUCAAUCAGGUUCAGCUGAGGAGCGUGAUACCAAUGAAAUUGAAAUGAGAAAAGAAGAGGAGGCCAAUCGGUCGUUUUCCAGUGUUCUCAAGGCUGAGCUUUUUGGAGACCAUGUUCCAAUGGCUACGGCAGAUCUCUCACGAAACAGAUUGGGGCAAGACAAGAACGAUUCUUCCACAAACUUAAGAUCAUCUAAUCAUGCAUCAACUACAAUGUCUUCCGCUGGCGGAAACUCAUCCUCGGGUCGUACCACUCCCCCUAGAACUACAGGAUCUGGUGUUGCAUCUACUCCUCGUCUGAGCGCAAACAUGUUCACAUACCAGCUGCCGAGUAAACAGCGCCCAAUCUCGCGGGAUCUCCAGCUGGAGCUCUUUUCAUUAUCUCCUGUUCGGUCUGAAUCUCAGAAAUUCCUUCUCAGUCCCCAAAAGAAGCCAAGAAACAUUUCAAAAGUUCCGUACCGUGUCCUAGAUGCUCCCGAACUUUCAGAUGACUUUUAUUUAAAUUUGGUGGACUGGGGCUCGCAAGACGUACUUGCCGUCGGUCUCGGUGACUCUGUCUACCUCUGGGACGGUCUGACACAAUCUGUUGAAAGACUUUGUGUUUUGGAUCAAAAAGAUAAAGUUACCUCCCUCAGCUGGAUUGGGUCUGGUACUCAUCUAGCUGUUGGAACGCUGAAGGGUCUUGUCGAGAUUUGGGAUGCUACGAAAACCAGAUGUGUGCGUACCAUGACGGGCCAUAAACUACGAGUCAGUGCUUUGGCAUGGAACGAACACAUCUUGUCCAGUGGUUCACGAGACAGAACAAUUUAUAACAGAGAUGUGAGAAUCCUGGACCAUUACGUGAACUGCUUCGAGCACCACAAACAAGAGGUUUGCGGACUCAAAUGGAACGUUGAGGAGAACAAGCUUGCCAGUGGUGGUAACGAUAACAAUCUUUUCAUCUGGGAUGCACUUAACACCAAGCCUUUGCAUCAAUUCACCGAGCACAACGCCGCAGUCAAGGCAAUUGCAUGGUCACCACACCAACGAGGCAUCUUAGCAUCUGGAGGCGGAACUGCUGAUAAGACUAUUAAGGUAUGGAACACUCUCACUGGUAACAGGAUAAACAAUGUUGAAACCGGCUCCCAAGUGUGCAAUUUGAUCUGGUCCAAAAACUCAAAUGAACUUGUCCUGACUCACGGGUACUCGCGGAAUCAGAUCAUCGUGUGGAAAUAUCUGUCAAUGCAGCAGAUUGCGCAGCUUACAGCCAAGGAUCUCUCUCAUUUGUUGUCGGAGGAAGCUAAGUCCAGAAAGAACUCUCCUUUGAAAGGAGCUUUCAAGUAUUUCAACCAACCCGGGAUGACUUUCUUGGGUGGUGGAUUACCGCUUUCCGACUACUUCCCAUUCAACAGAAUGGAGUUGGACGCCCCAAGCGCCCCAUUCCCCAAUGGAAUUGGUGCCCAGGCUACCGAUGAGGACAAGACUGUCAUUGAAGUUUACAAAGACAAGACGAAAAACGACCCCAAGACCAAGGAUGUCGAGUUGUCCAGAUCAUUGCAGUACGGUUUCACCGAGGGUGCCCCAGAGCUUCUCAACUUCUUGAAGGAGCACACUGAGACCAUUCACAAGGUGCCAUACGAUGGCUGGUCUGUGAUCUCGAGUAUCGGUAAUACCCAGUCCUGGGACGCUGUCUUGAGAACUUUCGUUACCCGUGGUGAUGCCAUCUUGGUUGAAGAGCACACCUUCCCCUCCGCAUUGGAAACCGCUCAUGCUCAGGGAGUUACCACUGUCCCUGUUGCUAUGGAUAGUGAGGGUCUCCUUCCAGAAGCCUUGGAGAAAACCUUGGACCAAUGGGUCGGUCCUAAGCCUAAGUUAUUGUACACCAUCUGUACUGGUCAGAACCCCACCGGUUCUUGUUUGAGUGCUGAGAGAAGAAGAGCUAUCUACAAGCUUGCUCAGAAGCACGACUUCAUCGUCAUUGAGGAUGAGCCAUACUACUUCUUGCAGAUGGAGCCUUACACCGAGAACUUGGAAGAGAGAUCCAAGAAGCAUGUUCAUGACCAUGACGAGUUUGUGAAGGCCUUGGUGCCUUCCUUCCUCUCGAUGGAUGUCGAGGGUCGUGUUAUCAGAUUGGACUCGGUUUCCAAGACCAUCGCGCCAGGUACUAGAUUUGGCUGGAUCGUCGGACAGGAGAAGUUGUUGGAGAGAUUUGUCAGAUUGCACGAAGUGUCCAUUCAAUGCCCAUCCGGUUUCGCUCAAUCUGCGUUAAACGGUUUGUUCCAGAGAUGGGGUCAAAAGGGCUACUUGGACUGGUUGAUUGGUUUGAGAGCCGAGUACACCCACAAGAGAGAUGUCGCCAUUGACUCUUUGCACAAGUACUUCCCUAAGGAGGUCGUGCAGAUCUUGCCUCCUGUGGCUGGUAUGUUCUUCGUUGUCCAAAUUGAUGCAAGCAAGCACCCCAAGUACAAGGAGUUUGGUGAGAGCGCAUUGAGAGUUGAGGAGUCAAUUUAUAGAAAGGGUUUGGAGAAGGGAACCUUAAUCAUUCCUGGCUCGUGGUUCAAGGCUGACGGCCAGACCAACCCUCCACAACCCCCUACUCCAAAGGAUCCUGCUCUCGAGAAGUUCAUUUUCUUCAGAGGUACCUACGCCGCUGUGCCAUUAGACGAAUUGGAGUUUGGUUUGAAGAAGUUCGGAGGCGCUGUUCACGAGGAAUUUGCCGAAAAUAAGUUUAUAGAAUGCUACGCCACAAGCAUCAAUCCCAAUGGCACAAGACUCGCUACAGGAGGUUUGGACGGAAACGUCAAGAUAUGGGAUACCAAACUGAUCCUACGAUACAAGGAUUACCAACCUGAAGAAGGAGAGAACGAUGUUUUGAAGGACAAGAUGGACAUUGACGAGCAGCCACAUGAGCUAAAACGACCUGUUGCUUCUAUGUCUAGACACAACGGAGCGGUAACGUGUGUGAAAUUCUCACCAGACGGGAAGUUUCUAGCCUCAGGCUCUGAUGACAAGAUUGUUCUUAUCUGGGAAAAAGACGAGGAGCAGGCAAAUCGACCAAAACAGUUUGGUGAAACUGAGGCUGACCUAGAGCACUGGAUGGUGAGAAAGAGACUAGUGGCCCACGACAAUGAUGUUCAGGAUAUCUGCUGGUCGCCAGAUGGAUCGUUGUUGAUCACUGUGGGUUUGGAUCGUUCGAUCAUUAUCUGGAGCGGAACGACUUUUGAAAGAAUCAAGCGUUACGACAUACACCAGUCCAUGGUGAAGGGUAUAGUGUUCGACCCAGCUAACAAGUUCUUUGCAACGGCUUCGGACGAUAGAACUGUCAGGAUCUUCCGCUAUUCAAGAAAACUCAAUGAUACAUCGAUGAACAAUUACGAGUUCCAAGUUGAGCAUAUCGUCAUGGACCCAUUCAAGAAGUCACCUCUUACCUCGUACUUCAGAAGGAUGUCUUGGUCCCCAGAUGGACAGCACAUUGCAGUUCCAAACGCCACGAAUGGCCCUGUCAGUGCCGUCGUUAUCAUCAACAGAGGCAAUUGGGCCACUGAUGUGUCUUUGAUUGGACAUGAGGCACCUUGUGAGGUCUGUUCCUUCUCUCCUCGUCUUUUCCGUCAGGACAGUACCAAAUCAGACCAGUACAUGACAAUUCUUGCCACAGGUGGUCAAGACAGGACACUAGCAGUGUGGAGUACUGGCAGGACGAAACCCUUGGUGGUAGCAGAGGAAGUGGUGGAGAAUGCAAUCACCGAUAUUUGUUGGGGUCCCGACGGACAGUCGCUAUUCCUCACUUCGCUAGAUGGCUCGGUCACAUGUGUCAUUUUUGAUGACAAGGAGCUCGGUGAAAUUGUCGCUGAAGACGUAAAUGACUCCCAAUUACUACGCUACGGUGGAGAUAGAGAAUCGACUGUGUUUGCUGAAAGCGCACAGCAACUUGAGCUCGAAGAGCUUGCGGCUAAACAGGAAUCAGCAGUACCUGCUCGUCCAACGACACCAAAGCUAGAACCAAAGGUGAAGACUGAGGAUGACUUCACCACUGCCCCCUCCACUCCCCAUAAGCCCAAGGAAGAACCACAGGCUACCAAGAAGAUCAGCAGUCGAACACAAAGUGUCAAGAUCACCAAAGACGGAAAGAAACGAGUUGCCCCUAUGCUUAUAUCGUCAGCUGCGGCCCCGAAGACGAGCAGUUCCUUUUCGCAACCAUCAGUUAAAUCCGCCAGAAAGUUUGACAUCAGCAACAAGGUCUCACAGACUCCUUAUCACCUACCACGACUUGGUGUCCAAACAAGCGUCCAUGGACUUCGACAGCGUGAUAGUGCCCAUGGAGAUGAUGCGCUGAAGGCGAAUGAGGACCAAGACAACGAUAAUGAAGACAUUGGAAUGGACGACCCUAACGCAACUCACAGCUCAUACAAUGGAGGAACAUUCAGAAAGAAAAUGAAACGCUACAGAAGGUGGCUCAUGAAGCACAAAUACCCCACGCCAUUCAAGUUCGUUUCCGAUUUACCUAAUGUUCUUUUCAGAAACGCAGAUAUGAUGAACCAUGAGCUAAGCAGUCUCAUCCAGAAAAAGGAUGUCGUCAACUCUCAAGAAAUUAUCAACCCUUCAUCGAUUGAAGCUGUUGACGAAAACAUCAUGUUUCAAGUUGUCGUGAAGUCGGUUCAAUAUUUGCAUAAAACUCCAAAGUAUUUGGAAAGAGUCUCCAACGGCGAUAGUGACGAGCUUAUCUCGUCUAUAGUUGAGGUGAGAAACGGCUCUGCUUGGCCAGAGGAUGAUGCCUCGUUAAACGCCGAUUACGCUCAGCGGUUGGACUUUCAAGAUCCAACGCAAGUUAUUGUCACCAACAACGAGAAAAGUGAAACCAGGGACUACAUUGUCUACUUUCCUUUUAGGAUCCAACAGGUUGUGCCUAUUUUGUUCGAUGACAGUCUAUUUUACUAUGUGUUGAUUUCGUUCGAUGGAGCCAUACAAAUAGUCUAUGCCGACUCGGGCAGUUAUUUAACACCCCAACUUGAAAUCGGCAGCAAUAUUGUUUUUGCGAAACAGAGCGGACGGUACCUUCUCGUUUUGACGAGUUCUGGUCUUCUAUAUGUCUGGGAAUUCUUUGGCACAAGUUACCAGAAUAUUAAGGGCUCGUUGAAAGGUGUUUCAAUUGCCGCUGUUAUAAACAGUGAGACAGUUCUACCCAAGAUCGAUCCUGAUUCUACCAAAAAGGGGGUGAACCCAUCGGUGGUGGUGGAGGUUGUGAGGUCUGUUGAUGUUGAUCCAGACACCGGAGCUCCAUACAUCACCUUACAGAAUGCCAACUCUGUCUACACAUACAACAGUGAUAUGAUGGUCUGGCUCAAGGCCGUGGAACCAUGGUACUACCUUGCUUUGCAAGAAGCUGAUUUACAAGUUGGGUCACCACUUUUGCAACUGCUCCUCACGAAAACGUAUACCUCCAACCUCGAACAGAUAGAGAGAGGCAAGAGAAGCAGGUAUACGUUCAAUGAACAGAACAAGGAGCUUGAGGAGAACAUGAAGCUGCGAUUCAAUGAGCAAGUGGAGCUUGUAUGA